UCAGUAACACAGACAUCUAUCUUAAGGAAUAAAUGUCAAAAAAGCUUGCCAUAGUCAAAGCAGAGCUCUUAGCUUUUUUCGUCUUCGGUUAACCUGUGGUAGUAGCGCUGACCCGCCCCGGCGCGUGGGUUUGGCGCGGUCCACCGCUCUGAUUUUACGCGCACGCGUUGAUUUAUCUUGCGCACGCCGUGCUGUGCGCGAGGUCUGCAUGACGUGAAAGAGCAGGAUAUUCCUCCAGGACAGUUUGAGGGUUACUUCUGCACCUGAAUGCGACCAGAGAGUGAGAACUCGACGAGAAAGAUAGCGCAGGUGUUCAGCAGCCCGAACCUCGCGAAGAAUGCAACUUCUCACCUGCGCAUGAGAGGCUGCUGGCCUGUGAAUGGGACUGUGCUGUGGCCAACACUGCUUUCAGUGCUUCAGUCAGGACUAUGUGCUGCCCAUGUGCCACUCUGAAUGCACUGGCCAGCUGUUUGCGAGAGCAGGGAGGGUGGGGUGCCACACCGGGGGCGAGGCGGAAACAGGACAGUGCCCCCUUCGUUCCGGAUCGCCGUGCUGGGAGCUCAGGGGGUGGGCAAGACAGCCAUUGUGCAGCGCUUUCUUCAUGAUGACUACAGUGAGGUGGUGGUGUCCAGUAAGACACGGCGGGUGCAUAUUUCUGCCGCAGUGCUCAAUGGUCAUGUUCAUGACCUUCAGAUCACAGAUUAUCCAGCCAUCAGCAGCUUUCCUGUCAGCUCUUUGCAGGAAUGGUCAGAUGUUUGCUGUCGAGGCAUCCGGAGCGCUCAUGUCUACGUUCUGGUUUAUGACAUCUGCUGUUUUGACAGCUUUGAGUAUGUCAAGACCAUGCGGCAGCAGAUCUUAGAGACCAGGGUCAUGGGCUCUGGAGAGACGCCCAUUCUGAUUGUCGGCAACAAACGUGAUCUGCAGCGAGGUCGUGUCAUACCCCGACACAGUGUAUCUGACUUAGUCCGAAAGAGCUGGAAGUGUGGAUAUGUAGAGUGCUCUGCCAAGUUCAACUGGCACAUUUUACUGUUGUUUGGAGAGGCUCUCCGCAGCAUGGGUUGUGCCCGCUGCAAGCACGUCCAUGCCACCAUCCGUUUCCAGCGGGCACUCAGGAGAGAGCGAUGCGUCCUAAUGUGAGGUUGCUGUUUCUCUUCUACAGAGCCCAUUCAAAAGCGGUUUAUGACUAUGGACACUGUGUUAUUGUAUGGGCAGCUGGAAGAGCUGUGAUAAACCUCAUGCCAAGGAACUUAACAUUUGGGAAUCUAAAUAUGGACAGACAGAUGUGCUCUUAAACAGGAAGUCUCUGUUGCUUUAUUACUUAAGCCUUCAAACUGAUGUCUCUGCUUUCGGUCUGGAAGAACAAAACCAACAUUUCUGCCUCUUAUCUUAGAAAUCAAAACUGGCAGAAAGGCUGGUGGAAGGCAACAAAAAUCAGCUUUAAAAUUACGUUAAUACCCUUGCUUAUGUUCAGGCCAGGACAGCACCAUUGACUGCCAAGUAAAUUACACUGUCAAGGUAAGGUACUGUCAUAGUCCAUCUACCGUAAUGUUAUCUCAUCACUUCAUAGCGUUACAGUUGAACCACUGAUGGCAGAUGGACUAUUCUGACAAUGUCUUUCAUACAUUUCUGGAUGUUGACAUUGUGAUUUACUUGGCAGUCAAUGGGACAGUCACAAGCCUCCUGGUUUUUAUCCUAAAUGUCUUAAAUUGUGAAAAAAAAAAAGCUUUUACGGGUUUGAAAUGACAUGUGACAAGUGAUUAAUGACAAAACUUUAAUUUUGGGGUGGAGUAACACUUUAAGGAUCUUCCAGUACCUGAAGUUUUUCCCAGCUUAGGUGCCGUAUACAGGCACUGAUUCUGCAAUACGCCACACAACACAAAUUAAACACAGAACUUAUGUUCUACGAAUACUUCUCUGUUUUUAAAGAGAUGGUUCACUGAAAAAUGGCUUAAGUUACUUGCCUUUGUGCUGUUCCAAAUCUGUCUUGACUGUCUGUCAAUUUGUGGAAAACAAAAAGAGAAAUUUUAACAAUGUGCUUGUUGCUCUUUUCCUUGCAUUGACACAAUGGGGUGAUUUCAAGCUUCAAAAGGGAUGCAAAAACAAUAUAAAAGUACUAUAAAAAUCAUCCAGACUGCUCCAACACUAUACACUAGCUUUUGAAAGGAAUAUAUGGGUAUUCACCAAUAAUCUUCACCUCCAGUGAGCUGGGAAACCGGGGUCACACACCCCCACCAGUGAACCAGGGUCCCUGAUUUAUAAAAUGUUGCAUAGAAACGGUCCUACAUUUGAUCUUAAGUGUGAUUCAGAGAACGAAUGUACACGCACACAAAAAAAAAAAAACAUUAUACGCCUCUCCUUCAUAUGAGAAAUUCAUAAAUUGCAAAUAAUCUUGAAAUUGUGCACAGCUAAAUGUUUUCAGAUCUCCACUUGUAACACCGCCUAAUCAAUUUCAUUAACAUAUAAUAGAGCAGCAUUCAACAGACAAAUCAUUCACCUGAGAAUGGAAAGAAUUGCUUGAAUUUCCAAAUACCUACAGUACUCUUAAACCGAAAAGUGUGUAAGUCUGCUUAGACACUGACGUGGUGCUAAGCACUUUUCCAAAGCAAAGACCAUUUUUAUAGAUCUGAAUGUUGGCAUGGGUUUUUGAGUAAAAACCCAUGUAAAAGACCAGAUUUAGACCAGUUUCGUGAAUCAGAUCAGCCUAUCAGGUUAAUUCAUAAUUCGGACAUUGCUACUUCUAACAGCUUGGGUGAAUGUAACGUUUUUCAGCGAAUAACAACUUUCUGUCUGUUUGUGAUACAAAGCUCUCAAAUUACUUCAUAAGACUUGCAAUAGUCCAGUACAAUAUUAUUUUAGCGUUAUUUUUAUACUAUUAUAGUACUCCUUGAUAUUUUGAAUUGGCUUUUAUUUUUCCAGUUUUUUAUUAGCCAUUUUUAUUAUUCAUUAUAAUUUUUUAGAUUUACACACACACACACACACACACACAUAUAUAUA